UCUAUGUUGCAUUUCAGGGAUGUGCUUUGUAAGAUCACAUAGGCUGUGUGGGACCACCAGGAAGCGUAUACAUCCUGAUAAAGAAAGCCUUUAUUUGGUGUCCAGCUAAAUUUAAUUUUCUUUUCCAGUAUACGAACAUAGCAUAUGUGGAAGAGUGGAUGUUUGUGAAUUCAGACUGGAGGAUUUCUUUUCUUUUUUCCUCGGAAAACGUCCCUUUCUGACAUGGCGUAUCACCAAUCACUCUGCAAAUGGCGUUUGCAUUCCGGACCUCAACGGGUAAUAGUUACUUUGUUGCUUUGCUUCUUUUAUGUUGUAGCUGGUCAGAUCCGCUACUCCACACCAGAGGAGAUGAGGAAGGGCUCUUUUAUCGGUAAUGUAGCGCAGGAUCUUGGAUUGGAUCUGAAAAGGCUCCGUUCUGGUCGGGCCCGUAUUGUUACCGGAGAAAACACUCAGUAUGUCGAGCUGAAGACAGACAAAGGGAUUCUAGUCGUGAAUGAGCGAAUAGACCGAGAGCAGCUUUGUGGAGACGUCACACCCUGCAGCUUCAGCUUCGAAAUUAUUUUAGAAAAUCCGAUGAAGCUACAUCACAUAACGAUUGAAGUGUUAGAUGUGAAUGACCACCCUCCGGUAUUCAAGAAAUCAGAUAUCAUGUUAGACAUAAGCGAAUCCGCCAACAUUGGGGCGCGAUUUGUGCUGGACAGUGCAGAAGAUCCCGACGUUGGCGUUAAUGGCCUGCAAAAUUAUGUUUUAACCUCAAAGGAUAAUUUCGUUUUGAAAGAGCAUGUUAAUCCAGACGGAAGUAAAUAUGCAGAGAUGGUGCUUCAGAAACAGCUAGACAGAGAGGACGUCCCUCGUCUGUCUUUAAAGCUGAUAGCAGUAGAUGGUGGCAGUCCGCAGAGAUCUGGAACCGUAAAUAUCGAUAUAAAUGUGUUAGAUGUUAAUGAUAAUGCUCCCGUUUUCAACCAGUCUGUUUAUAAGGCCACUGUCAUAGAAAACACAGCGAAGGGCACUAAUAUUGUGACCGUGAAUGCUACAGACGCAGAUAGCGGAUCUAAUGGCUACAUCACAUACUCAAUUUCAAAUAUAAAAAGCAAUAUAGCUGAUUUGUUAUCUAUAGAUCAAGUCUCUGGUGCCUUGGUUGUUUCUGGUUCAAUAGAUUUUGAGAAAGAUAAAAGAUAUGAGCUCAGAAUCGAUGCAAAAGAUCAAGGAGGCCUGACAGAUUCAAGUAAAGUGAUAAUUGAUGUAAUUGAUGUGAAUGACAACGCCCCUACUAUUAGCAUUGUAUCAUUCACUAGUCCUGUGUCAGAAGACUCCCCUCCUGGUACAACUAUUGGAAUUUUAAAUGUUAAAGACCUUGAUUCGGGUGAAAACGGACAGGUGAUGUGUAAAAUAGAACAAAAUACACCUUUUAAGAUUAAAUCAAGUUUAAGAAAUUAUUACACUUUGGUAACAGAUACUGUAUUAGAUCGUGAAAGUGUUUCAGAGUAUAAUAUCACUGUUGUUGCGACAGAUGCGGGGAUGCCUCCCCUCUCAACUAAAAGAACGUUUCAUUUGAUGGUUUCUGAUGUGAACGAUAAUGCUCCUGUGUUUUCACAAAAUAUAUACAGUGCGUUUAUCAUAGAGAACAACUCUCCAGACGUUUCCCUUCUCACUGUUAGUGCCAAAGAUCUCGAUGAAAGCCAAAACGCCCGUAUUUCUUAUAUUCUGGUAGAUUCUGAUUUUGGUGGAUCUCCAGUUUCCCGCUGUGUGUCAGUUAAUGCAGAAAGUGGAGUGAUAUAUGCACUACGCUCAUUUGAUUAUGAGCAAAUCAAGGAACUGGUUUUUAUCGUCAAAGCUCAGGAUGGAGGCUCUCCUCCUCUCAGUAGUAAUGUGACUGUGACAAUACUGAUCCAGGACCAGAACGACAACCCCCCUCAGGUCCUGUACCCAGUCCAGACUGGAGGCUCUGUGGUGGCUGAAAUGGUGCCUCGUUCAGCAGAUGUGGGCUAUCUGGUCACUAAAGUGGUGGCUGUUGAUGUGGACUCUGGACAGAAUGCCUGGCUCUCCUAUAAACUGCAGAAAGCCACAGACAGGGCGCUGUUUGAAGUGGGCUUACAGAAUGGAGAAAUCAGAACUAUCCGCCAGGUGACUGAUAAAGACACAGUGAAACAGAGACUGACUGUUAUAGUGGAGGACAACGGGCAGCCCUCUCGUUCAGCUACAGUCAUUGUUAACGUGGCGGUGGCGGACAGCUUCCCUGAAGUGCUGUCGGAGUUCACUGACUUUCCACACGACAAGGAGUACAAUGACAACCUGACUUUUUACUUAGUGCUGGCUCUGGCUGUAGUUUCCUUCCUCUUCAUCACCUGUUUAGUGGUUAUUAUAUCAGUGAAGAUCUACAGGUGGAGACAGUCUCGCAUCCUGUAUCACUCCAAUCUCCCUGUGAUUCCAUAUUAUCCACCACGUUACUCAGACACUUUGGGGACAGGGACUCUCCAACACGUGUACAACUACGAGGUGUGUAGGACGACUGACUCCAGGAAGAGUGACUGUAAGUUUGGUGGAGCUGGUAGUCAGAACGUGUUGAUAAUGGACCCCAGUUCUACAGGGACGAUGCAGCGGAUACAGGGUGAGAAGAGCAUCCUGGAUGAACCAGACUCUCCUCUAGAGGUCAGUUAA